GCCUUUUCUCGUAGUGGAUAUGUGCUGCUGUGGCUGUCUCUGUCUCAUUCUAUUGCAAGCCUAAAAUGGCAGGCAGGAUUAAUGCAGCUUGCACUGCCUGCAUGAUCUCGAGACUGAAUUCAUUAUACCAUGCCUAGUAUUUCUAAAGGGAGCAUGUAAAUGCCCUGUGUGCCAUAUCAUGCCAUAGCAAGAGCUUGUUCAUCCUAAAGGAGACUGCUGUAUAAGCAAGCAUUUUCAGAAUUCAAUUUCACUUUCCAUACGGUUAGUUAAUAGCUCAUUGUUGCACUUCAAAACCAGCAUUGGGUCUUUUGUUAUUACUAUUAUUUUUAAAAGAAUUAAGCGGAAGCUGCUUCCAGUUGGUAUCACUCUUUUUCCCCUUUGCCUUGGCUGCUCUUAAAUAAUGUAUGUUAUAUUGCUAAUUAAUGGCAAUAUCAAAUUAAACCCUUCGAAACUGACGUAUUUCUUAUAAAGCCCAUGCAAUCUAUUUUUAACUCUUACUGCGUAAGAGGUGUGCAUAGGGCUUUGGUUGCUGAGUUUUUCUUUUCAGCAGAGCAAUCAUCCUGGGCUGAUGUUCAGGCAGAUGUGACAAGGGGCCUUUGCAGUCAGUGGUCAUCUUCAAGCCUUGAACCUUCAGAAAAGGAGAGGAAAGUCCUGUGCUGCAGCUUUAAAAAGAAACCACCACCUUCCACCACCACCUUGGAUGAGAAGAUCUCUCCGCAUUCCACAUCUCUCCUUCCCAUUGAUAAAUUCAGCUAUCUUGGUCACAGUCUAUUCAAGCAAGGUUUUUUUGAAAACAGCUUCUUUUUUCCUUUGGGUUUUUUUUUAAAUAGUCAAGCUUUCACAGUCUCUCCAUUGCUUUAAACAAGAAUGGCUGAGUGUACUGCCAUGCUCAGACUUAAUUAAACCAUAUAAACAGUCUAAUGUAGUCUCCUUUGAACUGAGCUCCAUCUUGUGGUCACACAUACAAGACCAAGAUACGGGUAAUGCAAGUAUGAGAGACAAUAAGGAAGUAGGGGCACAACAAGAAAAAAAAAUCCCAUUUAGAGAUUCAUUCAAUACAUUCUGUUUCAGAUGAUCAUCAUGUCCCACUUAAAGGAUCUCAAAGAUGACUUUCACAGUGACACAGUCCUUUCCAUAUUAAAUGAACAACGCAUUCGGGGCAUUUUAUGUGAUGUCACCAUAAUUGUAGAAGACACCAAAUUCAAAGCCCAUAGUAAUGUCCUGGCUGCUUCAAGCCUUUAUUUCAAAAAUAUAUUUUGGAGUCAUACAAUCUGCGUUUCUGGACAUGUGUUGGAACUAGAUGGCCUGAAGGCUGAAGUGUUCACAGAGAUACUUAAUUACAUCUAUAGUUCUACAGUAAUUGUUAAAAAACAAGAGUCUCUUGUGGAUCUUGCCGCUGCUGGCAAAAAAUUGGGAAUAACUUUUUUAGAAGAUCUUACAGAAAAGAGCCUUUCCAGUUCCCCUUGUCUGUAUUCAUUUUGCAAUACUGAAAAAAAUGAUGUAAAAGAAGAAAAAAGACAGGAAGACUCAGCCAUUACAAAUGGACCAAGAAUCACGAAUGCAUACUCAAUUUUUGAAACUGAAAGUAGUAUUAAUUUGUUUUCUCCUCUUGACCUGAGGGCAAGUUUUAAAAAAAUGCCUGAAACAAAUAAAGCGUCCAAUAGUGAUCUGGACAGGACUGAUGCAUGCAAAGAAGUUGAAAGAGCCAGCACAUUAGCUGAACAUUCCUAUGCUGUUACAACAGGUUGCAAUGCUUUACAACAAAAUUCCUUUUAUUAUGAAAACACGCCACUUUAUAAAACAGGUGAAGAUUGUUCUGAAGCUGCAGAGUUAGUGCCUCCAGUUAAAUCAGUAACACGCUCAUAUAAUGCACCAAAGGCUAUAUUUAACUCCCAGAUUACAGAUGCUCCUACUGUAAAGAUAUCAGCCCACAAGGGAAGCGGUUCAGAGACUCCCGAUAAAGUCAUAAAUGACCACAACCAUUCUUUUCAAAAAUGCCAGGCAAACAAAGCCAAUAUUUUAUCUUCUAAGGAAAAUGAAAAUAAAUCAGAUAACUUUUCUGGAUCAAUAGCUAUGGACAUUCCACAGCCUUACAAGUGCAAUUGUUGUACUAAAUCAUUUAAUGAUAAAACUCAGUUAAGCACUCAUCUUAAACUUCAUUCACAAUCUCAAGAGACUUUAGUUUGCAAAUAUUGUAGCAAACAGUUUGAAAAUAUUGCUGGACUAGAGACUCAUGAACAAGAAUGUAGGGGUCUGAAUAAUUCGUAUGUUGAAAAUGAAAAUGAGCAGAAUAGUCUGGAUAAUUUUGCUCCUUCAAAUGAAAAAACUGGUACCUCGUAUGUAAGCCCAGAGCUCACAGAAACUGAGAAUGAGAUUACUGAUUAUCCUGCUACAAAUGGUACAAUGCCAGAAACAGACCAUUUUGUUAAAGUUGUUGGUGGACAGAUACUUUAUACUUGCAGUGUUUGUAAACGUACCUAUGUUACCUUGUCUAGCCUCCGAAGACAUUCAAAUGUUCAUUCUUGGAGAAGAACCUAUCCAUGCCAUUAUUGCAACAAAGUCUUUGCGUUAGCAGAGUACCGUACCAGACACGAAAUCUGGCACACGGGUGAAAGGCGAUACCAAUGUAUCUUCUGUCUUGAGACUUUUAUGACAUACUAUAUACUCAAAAACCAUCAGAAAUCUUUUCAUGCAAUUGAUCACCGACUUGGUGUAAACAAGAAAACAGCUAAUGGUGGCUUAAAACCAAAUGUAUAUCCUUACAAGCUUUACAGGCUUUUGCCUAUGAAAUGUAAAAGGGCACCAUAUAAAAGUUACGGAAACUCAUCAUAUGAAAGUGUACAAGUUAAUGAAGUUCCAUCUAGCACCUGUAUUAUUCAGAAUACUGUCACUUCUGAACUGUCAUCCUUGAAUUUUGAACACAAUAUGUUGCCAGCUUCCAGUAUUUCUUUGGAUAGUUCUUCAUAUGGUGAUGCUACAGCAACAUCUGAAAAUCCUCCAAAUGUUUCUUCCUGGAAAAUUUCAUCAAGGACAGAUCUUAACAAUAAUGCUCCCACUAACAGAAGGACAUUAUCUUCUGUUGAGAAUUCUGGUCCUCAGGAAUAUGAUUCCUCUUGUCAAGCAAUUAGUAAUAGCAAUUCCCAUGAGAAUUCAACCUCUGUUAUUAGCUAUAACAAUCCAGCAUCUUCUGUUAUAGUGCAUAGUGGAAGAGUUUCCUCAGUGAUAAUGCACAGUAAUGCUGUCAAUGCAGUAGGAAGAAGUGAUAAGGGAACUUCAGAUAUUACAAUCAAUCAAGUAGUGAGCAAUGAUCUUAUACAUGAGUCAGACAGUGGCAAUAAUAGAACAAGAAGCAAUAAAGAAAAGAAAAAGUUGCCCCUAUAUGACAGAGAAGCAACUUCAAAGGAGGUAAAAUAUACAACAAAUACAGGGAUACCUUCUAACACACCUACACACAUCUUUGAAACUUCAAGUAAGACUGAAACUUAUAUCGCAAAACCUGCACUGCCAGGAACAUCUGCUGACAGCAAUGUUGCUCCACUUUGCCAAAUAACAGUUAAAAUUGGAAAUGAAGCUAUUGUGAAAAGACAUAUUUUGGGGUCCAAACUGUUUUACAAAAAAGGCAGAAAAUCUAAAUAUGAAUCCAAAGGUGAUCAGACAGUUCAGGUUGCAGAACGGGAAAAGAGAGAGAGAAUCAUGUCUAGAGUUUGUCAGGCAGACAUUGAAAGUGAAAUGGGCGAUGAUAUCAGCGACCAUGACUCUAAUGAUAAACCUUGGCGGCCAUAUUACAAUUACAAACCAAAAAAGAAAUCUAAACAACUAAGAAAAAUGAGAAAAGCAAAAUGGAGAGAGAAAUACAGGAGCAGAAAUUCCUGUCAGGAAAGUGAGAAGGCCUAUGUCACCACUUACGCUCUUAGGAAUAUUCCUGAAGAGAAGGUCUGUAAUCAAGAAGGAGAAGAGAAAAUGCCAGAUCUUUAUUGUAAGCUCUGUGAAAGGGAGAAUACUUCUACAGAAGUAUCCCAUGACCACUCACACUGGGAGACCACAGAGUCUGAGUCUUUCACUUGUGAUUUAUGCCAAAAGCAUUUCCAGAGCAAUUCUACCCUAAGGAUGCAUAAACGGUGUCAUAUGGGGGAGAAACCCUACCUUUGCAAAACCUGCGGGAAACGUUUUUCAAUCUCUAGCAAUUUACAGAAGCAUGAACGCACCCAUUCUGCCAUCAAAGAUUUCAUCUGUCAACACUGUAACAAAGCAUUCACUCUCAAUGAAACACUCAAAAUACACGAAAAAAUCCAUACAGGAGAAAAGCGCUACCACUGUCAGUUUUGUUUUCAGGGCUUCUUAUAUCUUUCCACCAAAAGGAAUCAUGAGCAAAGGCAUAAGCGUGAGCACACUGGAAAGGGCUACGCAUGUUUUCAGUGCCCCAAGGUUUGUAAGACGGCAGCUGCUCUUGGGAUGCACCAGAAGAAGCAUUUGUUUAAACCACCCAAGCAAGAGGACAGAAAAGACUGUUUGUUUAAUGAAAGCUCUAAAUCUUAUAAAAGUCAACAUUUAUUUGAUUCAGAGCAACAGGAAACAGCUAAACCUCUGCUAACUAAAUGCCUAACUGAUGCAGAAAGUUUCAAAGCCAGUAAUAUUCAGAAUACUGUAUUGGAUGCUGGACUCUGAGUAAGAAAAGGAUAAGGCAACAAAGAUUAAAAUAGAAAGAUGAAAGGCCAUAGAUGCAAGUAAUUAAUGCAAAAAAAAAUUCCAAAUUUAUGGAAGUUCUUAAAACUUGAGAUAUAUAUUUUUCACAAAAAUAUAUUGCAUACUUUACAUUUUAAAUGUGCCAUAAAAAGCAAAUUUUGGAAACUAUACUGAAGUUAAUGAAGCCUAAAAAAGUAUAAGGAGAUAUUAAUAUCCCUCAGAAGAAAGUUUAUGUAAAAAAGAAUAUGCUUAACUGAAAUGUUUAAAAGGAUAUUAUAAUUUACUAUUGUACUGGAAAUAUGCCUAACUUGUUAAGGAUAUGAAUCAUUUUGGGCAAUUAAAAAAUGAAUAAAAUCCAUUCAGAAUAUAUAGUAAAGUUAAAGUGUUUUCUGCUAGAAGAAAUUACAUCUUUCUUCCAUAAUUGGUUCAAACACUGUUUUAAAAUUUUAAUUUAGCCCUAGUUCAAUGUGUACACAAUAAGCAUCUGGUUAAGAUUCUAGCAUUUCUUAUUUGAGUAGUCCACUCAGCCAUUCUGAAGUGUGAAUAUGUUGUUACCGAACAAUUUUGUAAGAGGUUAUGAUUGGUUCAUCAUACAAUCAGCCAGAUAUAUUAUAAUAAAUAUUUAUAUUCUUAACAUGUAC